CUUAUCCCCUCUCUCUCUCUUCCCUUAUCUCCAUCAAUUAAAACAGUUGCAUAUGAUGGCUGCUGCUGGCUGCUGCUUUCCGAAAACCUUUCACCUUCUUCCGAAGCUUUGACCUGGAUUCAGUCUGAUAACUGACCGAUAUUCUUGAUUCUCCUCCCAACAAACGAAAGAAAUAAGGAGAAGAAUUGAAAGUUUCGGCCGCCCGUGAGAAACUAAUUGAUUUCUCGUUUUCGAUAAAUAAAAAAAUGUUACGGCUCCGUUUACUCCUAUUACUCAUUAUUCCCUUUUUAGAAUGCCAACUACACGAUUUGGAGGUGACAACUCCACCGUCUUGGGCACCUACUGGAAGGUUGAAUCAGUUUAAUGGAUUUGCAACUCCAAGACCUUCUCUAUUACCUGCUAAUGCACAAAUGGUUUACGCUUCGGUCUGGGCUGCCUGGUCAGCAUGGUCAUUCUGUUCGGACUCUCAUCGUAUUCGUGUCCGUGCCUGCAACACCGUCCGCGGUUUCAGAUGCCUCGGACCAAACCAGCAGACAGAAGCCUGCGAUCCAGCGACAAGCCCGAUUCUUGGAAGACCCCCUCGUCCGAAUACCAUCAAUCCGGAUGAUUAUGAUAGUGUUGAUCCAUGGCAAGAAGAUCGAGUUGAAGCGCUGAAACAGCUGUAUCCAGAUGAAACUAUUGAUGAGAAAUUGAGCCAUUUACCGGAUCAUGAGAAGGAACGACUGAGAGCGAGACUUCUUCCACCGCCAAGUUUGAUGAGUCAUGAGUUACUGAAUAGACCUGUAAAUGAGCAAGAUGGGGCUCCGGGAGCUACUCCGGAAAAGAUGUUUGGAGCUAGGCCAAAAGUGUUUGGAGCAAGAACUUUUGCUGUGCCAAAUGCUGUUGGAGGAGCCCAGGCUGGGCUUAAAGAUUUGCUAAACGACGAGCAAUUCUUCUCCGACAUCACAAACGACGACAAGAAAAUUGCUCCGGCUCAACAAAAACUGGAAGAUUUCGGGAAGCUCGAAGAUUUCGAAAAAUCCGUAGACGCCGCCGAGCAGAACCAAAAUUCGAAGCAAAGCUCUGAGCAAGAGCAACAAAAUUUCGAAAGUUUCGAGAAAUCCGUGGAAGAGCAGGAGCAGCGACCGAAGAGCCGCGGGGAGGGCACUUUUACGGCAAAGAACCGGGGCAAGGUGGCUCCGAAGGUUCCAGAAGCCCCUGAAAUUUCAGAUGCGCUUCAGAAAUUGUCAGCUUCAAUGGAUGGCCCGGAAUUCUCGAAUAAAGGUUUCACUGAAGACAUUUUCGGAAGUAUUGAGGAAUUGAUGAGCCCGCCGACUACAACAACUACACUACAAACUACAACCACUAGACCACAAACUACAAAGACUACAACUACACCACAAACUACAACCACUAGACCACAAACUACAAAGACUACAACUACACCACAAACUACAACCACUAGACUACAGACCACACGCCGACCGCCAAUUCGAGUAACUCCGCGACUACCUACAGUAAUCCCAGAGGAUACUGUAGAAUUGGUCACGCCAAGUCUGCCAAUGGCGCCGCCGCGCGAGAAAAUCGAUAAUAGACCGGAAAUGAUUAACUUUUUUGAGGAGGAAAUGUUUGAGGAAGAUGAAAUGACUACUAGAAAACCAUGGAAAAACGCCAUUCACUACGGAGAGGUGAUUCCGCAGACAACAACUACCCGGACAACUCCAAGAGUCACCACAACUCAAGCCCCGCCCCCUGCCAUGACGACACAAUCCGGUUUCCCGAUUCCCGAGGAGAUCUCACUUGACACGCUACACGCGUUGGAUUGGAUGUUGGCGAACAUGACAAAAGCCGCCGAAGAAGGAAAUGUGCCGCUUGAUGGAAACGAGUUGCGCCUCCGCCUAGACAGUUCGCCAAGUGACCCAACAAAUGUCUCCACAAAACUUCUCGCCAAAAAGCCACGUCGUCCGAUAAAAAAGCGCGUCAAGACCCAACGCACGAAAACCAUCAAACUUCAUUACGGGGACGUGUUGCCCGCCGACGAAGUGAAUCGAAAAUUCCCGAAAUUCCGAAAUCGAAAUGCUCAUCGAGCAAGAAUAUUCGGAAUCAAAACCUCGUCGAUUCCAGAGGAAACGCUGAAAAUUCAGACGAAAAAGUCCGAAUUGACGGAUGAAAUUAACGAUUUGAGGGAUUUAAUGGAACAAAUGGAUGAGAGAAUUGAAUCAAGAUCUGCUUUAAUGGAAGAUAAUUUUGAUAGAGCUGUUAAGCCGAAACAUGAACACAACUCACCAUACCGUCAUCGACAAGUUUAACCAUGUCUCCAUACUUCCUAAAAAUCCAUACUAAAGGAGCCGCAAAAAAACCAGCAGAUCUUACCUCAAGAAUGUCAUCUCGAUAAUUUAAUAAAUUUCAAACUUUUGAAUAAAUGUAAUAAAAUUUUGUUUUGAAUUUUCAAAU